AUUGAUAUUCUUUGCAUUAAUACACACUUCCUAAUGUAAAACAAAACAAACACUUGGGAAAAAGUGAUUGUCCUAACCAAGGUCAUAGAGAAAAAAGAAAGAAUUGUUAAAAAAAGAGAAAAAUUAAAAGAACGAAAGUUUGGCAGGAUUAAAUUUUUUGUUAGUUUGCACUCAAAGCUAAGCAAACAAAUUAGAUAUAAAAUGGAGUAUGAGGAGUGUGCAAACAGACUGGUUCUUGUAUAAAAAGCUCAUCUAUACGUUCAAACCUUCAUUUAGAGUUACGGAAGUUUUACAAAAAGACAACGAUUAUUUUUUUAUAUUCUCACAUAACAUGGGUAAUGCAAAAUCUCUCAUUGGAAAAUCAAAAUUACGCAAACUUAAUCCUAAGACUCUAGCAGAAUUGCAGAAAAAUGUUGAUGUUUAUUUCACUGCUGAUGAGAUUCAAGAAUGGUUUCAAGAAUAUCAAUCUAAUCUGAAUAAAGGCAUGUCUAAAUUGACAAGGAAGGAUUUCAAGGAAGUUUAUAACACUGUAUUUCAUGGCGAUGCCACAUCUUUUGUGGAUCAGUUAUUUCGUUGUUUUGACAUCGAUGGGGAUGGUUUUGUCGAUUUCAAGGAAUUCAUUGUAGGACUUUGUGUAUCUAGCAGCGAGAAUUCAGAGACAAAGUUAAAAUGGGCGUUUAAUAUGUACGAUAUUGAUGGAAAUGGAAUGAUUUGUAAAGAGGAAAUGGUUCAUAUAAUCAAGGCAAUCUACAAAAUGACGAAUACAGUUGAACACGGUGAACAAGACAGUGCCGAAGAGAUGUGUACUCGAUUUUUUGAGAAAUUUGAUUUGAAUCGUGACGGAUACAUAAGUUUUAAAGAAUUUAAAGAAGGGGCAAUGGAAGACUCAAUGAUAGUGAAGCUGCUUGAAUGUGACCCUGAUCCACAUAUUUGACACAUUCACAUUUUCUUCGGAAGCAAAAUAAACUCCACUGUUUUAUGGAAAUGUUUAUUUUCUGAGAUUGAGUACCCAUGCUUAAUUCAAUAAUUGUAUGUUUUCGUUUUUCUUUUACAUUUUGAAUCAAUACAAAUGUCUUAUGUCUUUUUAAACUUGUAUGACUGUAUGAAUAAACUAUUCUAGAUUAUAUGAAUAAUGA